AUGUACUUCAAAUCCUCAGUUGUCGUUCUUGCAGCAGUUGCUGAGCUUGUUGCUGGCCAUGGUGCUAUGGUUAAGGCUGUAGGAAACUUGGGUGGUAUGGCAACGGCCCUCGGUAGUAAGUCAAAGAUCACUUCAUCUUGUCUUUGAUCGGCGAAUUGACACGCUUCCAGUUGACCCCGCCACUCCUCGUGAUGGAAGCAAGAGAAACCCGGAUCAACAAGAUUCCACCAGAUUCAAGAAUGCUGCCGCUGAUGCUUGCGGAGAGACCCUUGCAGGUGGAGCUAACGACCCAGCUACUCAAAUCCCAAAGAUGCUUGCAAUCAACCCAACGAUGCCACAAGUCUCCCAGGGCGGCUCACUCAUGAUGACUCUUCACCAGGUCAACGGUGAUGGAGCUGGACCAUACGAUUGCAUGAUCGACUCCACCGGUACCGGAACCCAAUGGCAAAAGAUCCAAGUUACCCAACAAGUCCCAGGUACCAAUUCACGAUCAAAGGCCAAGGCAACCGACUUCCCUCUCACCGUAAAGAUCCCCGCUGAUCAGACUUGCACUGGUACCGCGGCUGGUGAGACUAAUAUGUGUAUUGUCAGAUGCAACAAUGCAGCUCGUAAGUUCAUUGCCUUUACAAUUUCUAGCUUGUCUUAUGACCAAAAACUAACACGUUCCUUACUAGGCGCUGGUCCAUUCGGAGGAUGUGUUCCAAUGCAGAUGCCCAGCGCGAACACCACCGCUGGCGCCGCACCACCUGCUGCUCCUGCUGCCGCUGCACCUGCUGCUGCAGACAAGCGCGCUGUUGAGUUCGUCUCGUAAUGGACAAGUCCUUCUGCAAGGGGUGUGGUUGUCUACAACCUAGCUACUACUUUGAAAGUCUCCCAGGCGAAGUUCCGGGGAUGGCUGGUCGGAUGGCUUUUGUUCACUAUUGAGAAAAGUAACUUGGAGGUGUUAUAGGAGUAGAUAUUGAUAUCACUCUUGGAUUUUUUUUAUGGACUACAGUACCACAGCUUGUUGUUUCGAGGUAGAUGGGGAGUGUAGAAUGGG